AUGUGGAACAUGAUGUGCGACGUGAUGCCGACCAUCUCGGAGGACAACAUCUCCCAGCGGUCGUCCCAGUUUAGCGGCGAGGAUGCCAACUUCGAGCAGCUGAUGGUGUCCAUGCUGGACGAGCGGGACAAGCUGAUGGACAGCUUACGCGAGACCCAGCAGCGGAUGGCGGACAUGGAGAUGAAAAUCCAGGACGUGGAAAAGGAACGGGACAGUCUGCAUCGUCAGAUUGCGGCCAACUUGCCACAGGAAUUUUCCACACUAACCAAAGAGCUAACGCAGGCACGCGAGACACUGCUCGAGCGGGACGAAGAGAUAGGCGAGCUGAAGGCGGAAAGAAAUAAUACCCGGCUCCUGUUGGAACAUCUCGAGUGUCUGGUGUCCCGGCACGAGCGCUCGUUACGCAUGACGGUGGUGAAGCGGCAGGCAGCAUCCCAGAGCGGCGUUUCCAGCGAGGUGGAGGUGUUGAAGGCCCUCAAAAGUCUGUUCGAGCACCAUAAGGCUUUGGAUGAGAAGGUUCGAGAAAGGCUCCGGUUAUCGAUAGAAAAGAAUAAUGAGCUGGAGGAAGAACUCAACCAAACCAAAGAGGAGCUUCAACAAUACAAAUCAGGUGUACUGUCUAACCAAUCCGAUCCAUCGUUGGACAGUAGCAGUGAAAAGAAGGACGCAUUGAAAAAUGGUGAAGCAAACGAAACCAUUGACUACAGUGCGAAAACGCAUGAACUACAGACGAUUAUUGAGAAACAAACGGCAGAGCUAUCCCAGUGGCAGCGACGAGUCUCCGAUCUCAACACCAAGAUCAACGAGAUGGAAGACAACAUGUGCAAACUGCAGAAGGAGUACACCAAGUCGCAAGAGGCAUGCGUUAAGCUGCAACGCGAUCUACGCGAGAACGUAGCUCAAAAAGAGGACCAAGAAGAGCGCAUUGCGACCCUGGAGAAACGCUAUCUAAAUGCGCAACGUGAAUCGACAUCGUUACAUGAUCUAAACGAAAAAUUAGAACAGGAAUUGCGCCACAAAGAGGCUCAGCUCAAGCUACAAGAAGGCAAAAUAGCUGCCAUACAGGAGAAACUUGAACUUUCAGAACAAAAGUUGGCACAAUUUUCAAAACUGCCCGAAAUGGAAGAGCAACUUAAGGCUCGCAUGGAGGCCCUUACACAGGUAGGCAAGAAGGCUCAAGAGCGGCACGGUUCAGCAGAGGAUAGAAUCACUCGCCUCGAGAACAAUGUGGAAGAAAAGAACGCAGAAGUUAUGCGCCUGAAUCAAAGACUGAAAAUGAACGAGGAACACAAUCAGCGGCUAUCCUCGACGGUGGACAAAUUGCUUGCGGAGUCCAAUGAUCGGUUACAGGUGCAUUUGAAGGAACGUAUGACGGCGCUCGAGGAGAAGAACACGCUCUCGCAAGAGCUCGACAAGGCACGCAAGUAUGCCGAGGAACUGUGCCAGGAAAAGUCCGACAUGCUCAAGGAGAUCGCCAAGAACCGACUCGAAAUGGAGACGUUCAAGCGGCAAAUCUUGCAACAGGAAAUCGCAUACAACAUCCAGCAAACGGAAGCACUAACCAGGAGUUUAUCGCCAAAUGCGGUCGGCAACCCUUCAGCCAAUAGUGGGUUCUCUCGAAGUGGCUCGACCACGUUCAGCACUCAUAGCUUGCGGCGGAACAAAUCUACCUUGGAGGAAGAACACUUUAACCGCUCUAUGGCGGAACAGGACUGGACCAAAUUGCAGCACAUGACUAAUGCACAAGUAUUUGACGGUAGCGUGCUGGAGGGAGCCGACGAAGCGGACAAUCUAUUCGGUACUGGCGAUAUCAUCUCGCCUACUGGUCACACCGAUGCACAAACGUUAGCCAUCAUGUUGCAGGAGCAGCUCGACGCAAUCAACAACGAGAUCAGGUUAAUACAAGAGGAAAAACAGUCUACUGAAGCACGGGCAGAGGAGCUGGAAUCUCGUGUCGGAAGUUUGGAACACAUGAAUCUUCUUGCCCGUGGCCGUUCAAUGGAUCGCCAAAGUCCACCAUUAAGUGGUAGCAGCACACCAAACAGUCCGAAUCGAGACUAUCUUCAAAAGUAUCACACGGUACAACUGGCACAUCUGCAAUCAGAAAUGCAACAGCAACACGAUGACAUGAGCAAUGCUGAUCACGAUAUAUCUGGCGGUGGUGUAUGCGCUGGUGAUACAAGUUCAGGUGGAACCAUCUCACCAGCCACAGCCCGUACAAUGCGAUUGGAACGGUUCGCACUUGCCCUAGCGCACAGCCAAGAGGAACUUAAACGAAAUCAUUUUGUGGCCAGCAAUAACUACGGGAUGUCACCGUUAAACUCACGGCACGGCAGCCAGGAAUCAUUAAAGCAUUUAAGUAUGGUUAGCUCACUAAGUUCUCUACAAACGCCAACAGCCAGCCGAGGAGGAGAUGCGGUAUCGGCGGCUCAGAAGAAGAAGGGCAUCAAAUCGAGUUUGGGACGAUUCUUUAGUAAAAAAGAAAAGGUAAAGGGUGGAAAAGAUUCCUCAAUGCCAGACGGCUCUACUAGUAUGAUGUCGAUGAGCGGGCUUUCGCUGAUUAGCGAUAUCGAUUCCACAUACGACAAUAUCAGCGUUUCCGGAUACCGACCUCCGGGAAAGUCCAAUCCGGUCGAUUACACGCGGCAGAAGAAGAAGGAGCACGAUUAUCGGCACGAUCUAUUGGGUGAAGCGAUGAAGGCCGGCACCCCGUUCGCCCUGUGGAAUGGUCCUACGAUUGUAGCCUGGCUGGAACUGUGGGUUGGUAUGCCGGCCUGGUAUGUGGCGGCUUGCCGUGCCAACGUAAAAUCUGGUGCCAUCAUGAGCGCGCUUAGCGAUACGGAAAUACAGCGGGAGAUUGGUAUCAGCAAUCCGCUGCAUCGGUUAAAGUUACGUCUUGCCAUACAAGAAAUGGUUUCCUUGACAUCUCCGUCAGCACCGCAAACCACGCGGACGACGCUGGCAUUCGGAGAUAUGAAUCACGAGUGGAUAGGAAACUAUUGGUUGCCUAGUUUGGGUCUACCUCAGUACCGUACUACGUUCAUGGAGUGUCUAGUUGACGCUCGUAUGCUAGAUCACCUCAAUAAGAAGGACCUGCGCGGUCAGCUCAAGAUGGUGGAUAGUUUCCAUCGGACAAGCCUACAAUUUGGUAUCUCCUGUUUGAAGCGGCUGAACUACGAUCGUGCUGCCUUGGAAGAACGGCGCAAAGCGUCAGAAAGCAGCCUCAGUGAUGUUCUCGUCUGGACGAACGAUCGCACUAUGCGAUGGGUACAGUGCGUUGGUCUGAAGGAGUAUGCCAACAACCUAUUGGAGUCUGGUAUACAUGGCGCAUUGAUAGCGUUAGAUGAAAGCUUUGACGCUAAUUCCAUGGCCCUAGCUCUGCAGAUUCCAACACAAAACACACAGGCUAGACAAAUUUUAGGCACGGAAUUUAACAAACUUCUCGAACUGUCGACUGAACGGCGUACAGAUCGGGAAUCAAUCAAAUCUUGACAUAAUCCUAGUCAUCCUAGUCUAAAUGGAUAACAAGUAUGAUAAUAUUAAUAAUGAUGAUAAUAUAAAGUAAAAACAUUAAUAAUAAUAAUUAUAAUAAUAAUAUAGCAUUAUUAUUACGAAUAAUGAAAAUAUUAAUAAAAGUAAUGAUAAUAUAACGAUAAUACCUACCUACUAACAGACAGACCACUGCUAGAAAGUUGACGCGUUUGGGCAGACUCCGCCGUAGGUGCAAUGUGAGGAGACGGGCACAAGCAAGGAUGAAAACGUGUUAAAUAACAGAAAUGGGAAUGAAAGUAUUUUACGGGAAUAAUAAACACAAAUAAUGCUAUAGCAAAACACA